UGUGUGUGUGAGGGUUUUUAGAGAACGCGGCGUUCCACUGAUUCUCUAAUUGCCCCGUUCACUCGUGUUAAAGUUGGCACUGCGAGCUCUAUUCCACAGCAGUAGUAGGCUGCUCCGUAUUCCCAGAUCCGGGCGACAAUUCACCGGCUCUCAAAAAAUGGUGCCAAAGAAAAUCGGAACUCACAAUGGUACGUUCCAUUGCGACGAGGCUCUGGCCUGCGCAUUGCUGAAACUGCUCCCUGAAUAUUCUACCGCAGAAAUCCUAAGAACGCGCGACCCGGCCUUAUUGGAAACCUGCGAUGUCGUUGUCGAUGUCGGCGCGGUCUACGAUGCGUCAAAGUUCCGAUUCGACCAUCACCAAAAGACUUUCCAGGAAACGAUGCAUUCGCUCCGAGCGGAUUUUCCAUGGGAAAUCAAACUCAGCUCUGCGGGGCUCAUAUAUUUCCAUUAUGGAGAGAAAAUCCUGGCCGAUCUCAUGAAGCGACCCGCUGAACAUAGAGAUACUCAAACGGUUUACCGCAAAAUCUAUGAAGAGUUCAUCAUAGAGAUCGACGCUAUCGAUAACGGAGUCAACAUGUGUGAUGGAGACACCCGGUAUCGCAUCAACACGGGUCUUAGCUCUCGUGUGGGAGGCCUCAACCCGAAAUGGAACGAGGAGCAGACACCGGCGGCCGCCGAUCGACAGUUCCAACUUGCCAUGAAAUUGGCCGAGACCGAAUUCCUGGAUAAGGUGAAUUACUACAGCAACGCCUGGUUGCCGGCGAAGGAGCUUGUGCGAGAAGCGAUCAACAAACGAUAUGAAGUCGACAAGAGCGGAAGAAUCAUCGAACUGCCACAGACUGGUUGCCCGUGGAAAGAUCACUUGUUCGACAUCGAGGAGGAGCUCGGUAUCCAAGGAGAGUUGAUAUACGUGAUCCACACGGACACGAAGUCUUAUCGAGUCCAAUGUGUCCCACUCAAGCUCGGAGCCUUCGACAAUCGUCAUUCGCUACCUUGGAGAGGCCUCAGGGACGAUGAACUCUGCCGUGAGUCGGGGAUCCCAGGAUGUAUAUUUGUUCAUGCGUCUGGUUUCAUCGGUGGCAACCAGACACGAGACGGUGCACUGGAGAUGGCAAGAGCUGCGUUGAAAACCUAUUCUCCGGACAACGUCAGCGAGAAAUAA